AUUAAUUUGGUUCCGUAAAAAGUUGAUUGUCAUUCGGUAAAUUCGGAUACGAUGUCUCUGAGUGCCAAGGAAGAGGUCUGCAUCGUGGACGAGGACAAUAACGUUAUUGGCAAGGCUGACCGCGCCGUCAUGGUGAGCUGUUAGCCUUUUGUAUGGUCCUUCUGCGGUAUCACCUCAUUGAUGCCCUCCCGUAUAGCGUGCGUUCAACCUGCCACACCGAGCUUCCUACAUCGUCAUCAAGAACUCAAGGCACGAGCGAAGUCAGCUUUCGUACUGUACUUGAUUUAACAUCCCCUUUGUGGUUAGUGGCAAGUAUUACGUGCAGCGUCGCACGAUGAUUAAGGACUACUGCCCCGGGAUGCUUGACCCGAUGGCCGGUGGAGUUGUGCAGUACGGGGAGCCUAUGGACGUGAACGCAGAGCGCGAAGCUGAAGAAGAGAUGGGCGUCAAGAACACGCCUCUGCGUUAUUUGACGACGUUCUACUACGGGGACGACCGCAGUCGAGUCUGGGGCGGACUCUUCGACUGCACAUUCGACGGUCCGCUCGUGCUGCAGGAGGAAGAAGUUGACGAGGUCCUCACCAUGACUGCGGACGAGAUUCUUGACCGUCGCAACGAGUUUACACCUGAUGGCAUAUUUGCGUUUGAGAAGUACCUCAAGUUCAUUGAGGCGGAAGGAAAAUAAAAUAAAAGCAGAUCUUACUACUGAAAGUAUGCCGGUGUUAAAAAAAAAAUUGUCUGUCAGUCCUAUGGUUAUUUGAUAAAAUUCAUCAAGUUAUUUG